CGGCAGGCUCAGAGGGAGGCGGGAUGCGAGCCGCACGGUCCGGGGCCGGCCACAAGCCCGGCGGCGCGCAGUUUUCUGCUUUUGCAAACCACGCGCCGGGCGCCCGUCCCGGGAGAACUGAACCCCCCGAGGGGAGGAGGCGGGAGCCGCGGGGCGAGCGGCCGGCGGGCUCCUCCCCCGGCGCCUCCGCUAUCAGCAACAAGACCAGGCGGCUGCGGCUGCGGCCGCGGCGCCGAACCUCGGAACCCGCAGACUCUUGGGCUACCGUCCGCCCGCUGCUUGCUGCCCGCAGGUCCCAGUGCCCGGUCUCUGACAGCAGAGACGCAGGCGCAGCGAAUACAGAAACAAAACCCAAGAAAUGCCUCAUUCUACAAACAAAGAACUGGUAGUUGGCAUCAUGGUAGGAACGGCUGGAAUCAGCUUGCUGCUUUUGUGGUACCACAAGGUGCGUAAACCGAGGAUAGCAAUGAAUUUACCUAAAUUUCUUUCUCUGGGUAAGACAUUUGAUUCUGUAACUUUGCAAGAUGAAACGUAUAAUGACCGAGGAACAGCAGUGAUCUUUCAAGAAAGGCAGCUUCAGAUACUGGAGAAAUUAAAUGAAUUACUGACCAAUAUGGAAGAACUCAAAGAGGAAAUCAAAUUUCUUAAAGAAACUAUUCCAAAGCUGGAGGAAUAUAUACAAGAUGAAUUUGGAGGGAAGAUAACUGUUCAUAGGAUAAGUCCUCAGCACAGAGCAAGAAAAAGAAGGCUUCCUGCAGUUCACAGUUCAGCAACAAGUAAUAGUUCAGAGGAAGCAGAAAGUGAAGGAGGGUAUAUUACUGCUAAUACCGACACAGAAGAACAGAGUUUUCCAGUCCCUAAAGCAUUUAACACACAUGUAGAAGAACUAAAUUUAGACGCCCUUCUUCAGAAGGUAGAUCACUUACGCACAGAUGACUCUGGCAAGUUGGAGAGCUUUGAACUACUUUGCGACCACAAAGAAAAGUUUAGAGAUGAAAUAGAGUUUAUGUGGCGGCUUGCUCGUGGUUAUGGAGACAUGUAUGAGCUAUCUGCAGAUACCCAAGAAAAGAAACAUUAUGCUAAUAUUGGCAAAACUUUAAGUGAAAGAGCAAUUGCUAGAGCACCUCUGAAUGGACAUUGUCAUCUGUGGUAUGCAGUUUUGUGUGGCUAUGUAUCUGAGUUUGAGGGCUUACAAAACAAAAUCAACUAUGGACAGCUCUUCCAGGAGCAUUUAGAAAUAGCAAUCCAACUUUUACCUGAAGAACCCUUUCUAUAUUACCUCAAGGGAAGAUACUGUUAUACUGUAUCAAAACUAAGCUGGAUUGAGAAAAAAAUGGCUGCUACUCUAUUUGGAAAAAUACCAUCUUCAACUGUACAAGAGGCUUUGAAAAAUUUCCUUAAGGCUGAAGACCUACACCCUGGUUAUUCCAAUGCCAAUUACCUGUUCUUGGCAAAGUGUUAUGUUGAUCUUGAAGAAAAGCAGAAUGCUUUGAAGUAUUGUGAGUUGGCAUUGCUGCUUCCUAGUGUUACCAGAGAGGAUAAAGAGGCUCAGAAAGAAAUGAAAAAAAUAAUGACUUCCUUGAAGAGACAGAGUCCCACUGUGUCAUCCUCGGUAGAGUGCUAUGACAUCACAGCUCACAGCAACCUCUAACUCUUAGGCAGGCAGAUUCUCUGAGGUGUUCCUCAGCUGUGACUCGAAUCUUUUGCCUGCACAGUAUUCAUAUGGGCUCCUCCACUUGUCCUUGUGGAACUUGAGGGCACGGGGAACCAGCAGCAAUAUCAUGUUCAUGGUGCCUGCUGAGCUGUGAGUAAUAAAGGCCUUUGUCUAGGGUCCAGCAGUCUCAUGUCUUGUGCUGUUUCUGAAACAACCAUCUGUAAGUAGGAUAAAAUCCCAAACUGCCCAACUACAGAUAGCCCCCAUUUUGGGGGGAUAACAGGGCUCCUGCUAGUCUCACAAAUGUUAAGCCCCCCUUUAAAUGUAAGAAGCAGGUUUCUGCAGACUCAUGGAGACUUAUCCUGUCUCAGGGAGUCUGAGUAUUCCAUGUUCCCUGUCCUCUCCGGUCUGCUUUGCUGCUCCAGGGUACAGUUGUCUGUCUUCCAGCUCAUUCUGUGACUGACGGCGUAGCUACAUACACCCAUUUAUGGGUUGUCUUCUUACUGCCUUCCUUCAGGAACGUUUCUUCCGAUAUUCACCAGUUAGCUUCAUGCUGUCAAACUACUACAUGACCCCAGAUACGGAUGCCUCACUGCUGAACCAUCUCUCCUCAAGCCUACACCUCAUAUAGAAUACAGCACAUCCUCCAAAGGCAAGGGCUUUGCCCCUUCACGAAGGACAGAGGGACAAGAGCUGCAUAUGUUCAAUCACAUUAUGUUUGUAAAAUCAAUAAACU